AUGGAUGUGAAUGAGAUGUCGAAUUCGGAUGUUUGGCACCAACAACAACAACAACGCUCGCUUAAACGUAGCGCAAGUAUGAUAUUUCGCAUAGAACACCUACUACCCAGCACCAGCAGAGGAUCGUCGAGUAUUGCCCCCAGCACUACUAGAACAACGCUACACUCUCCGCCACCUUCAACUCGGAUGGAAGCUACCAGCAGCACUUCGACUGCAAUAACGGCCAAGCGUUCUAAACUGCGUGCCACAUGCACCGGUGUCCUCCUCGCACAAUUUACACCCAAAGAUACGAUGUCCGAAGCGAUACCAACAUAUGCACUCAUGAGCACUGGCAACACUAUGGCCGCUGCGGAGUCUAGUACGGCAUUUUGUACGCUUUCUCAAGGUGUGCUGCGCAUGAGUCCCGAACUGUUGAGACGCAUAAAACUCUCGGAGGAUGUGCACAGCUAUAAUGCGCUAUUUGAAUUGCAGCCGGGCGGUAUGGUGCAUGUGCGAACUGUGCGCGAUGUGCCGCGUGACGAGGAAAUAGUGGCGUGGUUUGGCGAGGAGGUGGCGCUGCUAAUGUCUAUACCGUUUCUUGCGCCACUUAAUAUACAAGGCAAUAAACGUUACACUUGUCACCUCUGUCAGCUGUCGUUCGAAACACCGAAUCCGCUAAAAAUCCAUUUGGCUCUCGCAUGUGGUCGUCACUCUAUGGAUAUACUCUGGAUACGCUUGCAUUACGCUCUAAAAGCGUCCAGCUACACACAGCAACAACGUGAGCUGCUUGCAGCGACGGCGACCCGAACAACCAGCCAAUCAUUGUUGCAUACGCCACCAGCAGCUCCAUCAAGCACAUCAUCCAUUUCGCCAGCCUCAUCACCACAGCCAGCCGCAGCUGUACAAACAUCCACACAUUCGCAACAGCAUCAUCAACAACAAGAGCAACAGCUACACCACCACCACCACCAGCAACAACAACAACAAGUACACCGCUUUUCCGCCUUUAAACCUGUCUCACCUUCGAUUGCCUUCAGCGCAGCUGUUACCACAGCUUCCUUCAGUAACCCGAACGCUCACAGCAGCACCGCAGUAACACCAAGUGCCGCCCUCUCUUUUUUACCGCCAAUUUCAUCGGUGAGUAGCGUUUUGCCACACAUGCACCACCUACUGCAACCUGCCACUGGCAUUGGCGCCACAAAUCCACUCAACGCUGCUGCCCAGAUCGAAGCGAUCGUCAGCAAUAUGGGCGCUUCUAAGCAGGGUCACCUCUGCAUCUACUGUGGCAAGGUUUAUUCACGGAAAUAUGGACUAAAAAUUCAUAUACGCACUCACACAGGCUUUAAGCCACUCAAAUGUAAAUUUUGUCUACGUCCAUUCGGUGAUCCUAGCAAUCUGAAUAAACAUGUGCGUCUGCAUAUGCAAUCGAAUGUGAGCAAUGUGCCGAUGGAGGGCUACAAGUGUACGCUGUGUAAUAAGACAUUGGCGCGAAGGCGAGAUCUUCAACGUCACAUAGAAUCGCGGCAUUCGGCAGAUGCGGCAGGCAGUUGA